UCCUUAGGAUGAAGCUGACAUAUUUUAAAGUCAGUCGUUGUCUUCACCAUUGAAGUGUAACGUAAAGCUUGGAAAAGGAUUGGUGUUGUCACAGACAAAAUAUCGUACUGCCACAAAUAGGCAUCAUAUUUCAUAUCUUCUUGCUUGGAAUGAGUUUGUGAAUGUGGUGCAUUCCUUCCCCCAAAACACGAAGAAGCAGUGGUAGAAAAAUAACUUUGAAUUGGAAAAGCAAAAACGUGUGGGAAAACUGAGGUCCAUUCCACCAAGUCUUGGUCUUCAGACACCCAAAAUCACUCUUAUUUAUUUAUCCGUUGGAUACCCACGGAAUUUCAAAAAACCACGUAACUAGUGGAAGCUUGAGAUUUUCAAGAGGCCUUGUCAGAGAGUAGAAUUACUCCUUCAACGCCAGAGUCAAGUUUACUUUGGCCUUGCUACGCUCGUAAGUCCUUUUCAGAGAGUGCAUCAUACAAGAUACUACAGUCGUUUGGCUCGUACAUUAGACAAGCUUGUCAGACUGGAAAGAAGUUAGCUUCUAGACCUAGCAAGUCCGAAGGAGAAAAUUGGCAAAUAUUUUGAUCAAACAACAGCUCAAACCACUACCAUCCCAGCAAUCUACGCCAUGUUCAACUUGAGUGGGAAAACGGUUCUGAUCACAGGCUCGGCGGGAGGUUUGGGCAAAGAAUUUGCUCAAAGAAUUUUGCAACAGGGCGCCAAAGUGUGCUUGACGGAUAUCAAGACUGAGCUGGGCCAAGCGACCGAGAAGGAAUUCGUCAAGGCCUUUGGAGCCGACCGCGUCCAUUUCGAGGUUUGCAAUGUUACGAACGCGGAUGACGUCCUCAAAGUUUGGCAAAAUGCCUGCCAAAAGUUUGAGGUCGAUCAUCUUGACGUCUUGGUCAAUAACGCCGGGGUGAUGGGCGAAAAAGAGGGCUGGAAGUUGUGUUUGGACAUUAAUCUUCGUGGAGUCUUGAAUGGAUGCACUCUGGCCAUGGAAAAGAUGAGCCGCGCUAACGGAGGGCGAGGCGGGGUGAUUGUCAAUGUGGCUUCUAUCUUGGGUCUUUUCAACGCACAACAACCCAAAGGCUGGGCCUACAACACAUCGAAGAGCGCCGUCGUAACUUAUUCGAGAUGCGUGGGCACCGCAGAGACCGAGGCUCAGGACGGCAUUCGUAUCCUAACAUUGUGCCCAUCCGUGACCCAAACUCCCAUCCUCGAUGGAUGCACCCAAGCAGAACUCGCCGAGAUGAAAAAAAAUGUGGGGGGAUUCCUCCAAGCUGAUCAGGUUGGUAAGGCUUUCAUGACUCUCCUGCAAACUGGACAAACUGGAUCAGUCAUGUCCGUGUGGAAAGAUUGCCCACCCUAUUACAUUCCCGAUACUGGAAUGGGUUUAUUCAUUCUGUACACCACGUGUGCCAUGGUUAUGCGGUUUGUUCCCAAAUCCGUGUUUGACCCCACCAAUGGUCUGAAAUUCUUCCCUCACAUGACGUUUAUUUUGGUUGCAAUGCUAGUGGUAUGGAUCCUGGUCGCUAAAUUUAGCAUGUGGCUUUUGUUCUGAAUGAUAUCGAUUCCACAGACAUGUGCAAUUACUCGCUUCUUUUGUUUGCCAAACGGAUAAUAUAUCUUGAAUAUCAAUGAUU